UUUUAUGGCUUGCUGGAGGCUUCCGUUUCCGGGAGGGAGGGAUUCGCACUAUCAACAUUUGCUACAUUGAUUUCACGUUUCAGUUACACUUUCACAUCAAAAAGUGGUGUCUCGGCAUGUCGGGGCAGAAGCGUCCUGCAGACCCCAUCGGCCCUUCAUCGUCCUCUGGUGUGCACCCGGAGAAGCGAAGGGAGCGGGAUGGAGACGACCCAAGUCCCGGUGUCAGUGCUGCGGCUGCCGGUGGGAGCACAGCGGUGGAGACGGUCAUCAAACUCGGAGGGGUUUCCAACUCGGAAGAGCAAGAUAUCAAAGCUCUCCAGGCUAAGAACCGGAAACUGGGAGAAUCUUUGGAUCAAAGACAGGGGAUUGAAGAUGAAUUGCGAGAGCGAAUUGAGAGACUGGAGACCCGCCAGGCCACGGAUGACGCAAGUUUGCUUAUCCUCAAUAGAUACUGGAACCAGCUUGAUGAAAAUAUUAAGCUUUUCAUCCGACUUUAUGACCAAUCAGCCAGCGAACCAGAGAAGUCUCCUACAGGAGAGGGAAGGAACUUGAAACCGGAAACCCCCGAACCUGAUGGAGAUUCAAAUCAGGAGAGAGCCAAGGACAGAGGACACCAGGGUGAGACGUCCAACUCUUUCCUGGCCACCCUGGCCAGCAGCACCAGUGAAGAGAUGGAAGCAGAGCUCCAGGAAAGGGUGCAGUCCAGCCAAACACAGGCUUCUCGUAUUGUAGAGGUCUAUAAGUGUCUGAAAAGUACGGUGGACCAACUAAAGGCAGACAUGGACUCUGGAAUUGCUGGGCGUUUGAACCAUGUAGCUUCCAAAAUAAACACACUGCUGACCAGUGAAAAUGAGCGUCUUCAACAGCUGUCGGAGGAUCUCAAACAGAAACACAGUCACAUGACCAGCGAGUGCCGACCUCUCAGCCGCGCAGCAAACAAGGCGGACCAGCGUGUCAGCGAGCUGCAAGUUCUGAGUGAAGAGCUUCAGUGGGAUAUGGAGAAGAUCCGUCGUCGAGAAAAUCGCCUCAAUGCGCACAUGAGUGAGAUACUGGAAAGAGUGAACAGCAAAGGUUAUAAAGUGUGUGGAGAAGCCAGUAGCGUAUGUGGAACCAUCACGAUCAACAAGAGAAAGUUUGAGGAAAUGAACAGUGAACUGGAAGAGAACCAGGAGCUGGCAGACAAUCGUCUCAUCGAGCUUCAGAAGCUCCAGCAGGACCUGCAGAAUGUGCUGCAGGAGAACAACAACAUGAAGACUGAGCUGCUGAGUCGAGCGGAAGGCAUGGUUAAGGAUACGUCUGAGUAUCGCUGUCUGCAGUCUCAGUUUUCUGUCCUCUACAACGAGUCGCUGAUCCUCAAAGCCCAGUUAGACGAAACACGUGCCCGUCUCAACACAACCAGGACGGCACGACUUCGACAGCUGGAGCAUAUGGAGAACGACGAAGUGACUCUGCAGAGGAAGGUUCGCACCGAGGUCUUUCAGUUGGAAGAUACCCUUGCUCAAGUCAGGAAGGAGUACGAAAUGCUGCGCAUUGAAUUUGAACAGACACUUGCUGCCAACGAGCAGGCAGGCCCUAUAAACCGAGAGAUGAGGCAUCUGAUCAGCACCCUGCAAACUCACAACCAGCAGAUGAAAGGGGAGGUUGUGAAAUUCAAGCUGAGGCUGAGGGAGACGCAAGCAGAACUCAACCAGAUUCGUAUUUCAAAGGGAAGCGCCAUCUUGCAAACUCAGUCGAGCACGGAGAUAGACGUGAAGGAGGAGACGACAUCUCCUACGACACCAGCUGCUUCAGGGGAGUCAGCGGUCAAGUCAGAACCUUCUGAAGACUCUUCUACGCCAAACAGCACUGGAAUCUCUGUGAAAGCUGAACCGGGUGUCGAUCCUGAGCUGCCGCUGAAGGAGGAGGAGAAAGACGAGAAAAAAGAAAAAGAAGAAAAGAAAGAAAAGGAAAUUAAAAAAGAAGAAAAAGAGCGUGAGAGGGAAAAGGAAAGAGAAAGGCCAACCCGGAGUGGCCCUGCCAGCAGUGGAGUUAAGGAAGAAAAGGAUAAAGCGGGAAGUGGCAACCAACCUGAGGAGUCAUCGGGGGAACGUCUAUCUGCAGCUGGAGGGCCAAAGAGGAAAGAGAUGGAGCAGCUGAAAAUCGUCAAAGUGGAACUUAAGAAAGCUCAAGAGUCCCAGAGGGAGAUGAAGCUGCUCUUAGACAUGUAUCGUUCAGCACCAAAGGAGCAGAGGGACAAAGUGCAGCUUAUGGCAGCAGAGAAGAAGGCCAAGUCAGAGUCAGAGGAGCUUCGUCAGAGACUGAGGGAGCUGGAGGAGCGGGAGAGGAGGGAGGGCAAAAAAAUGGCCGACGAGGAAGCCCUAAGAAAGAUUCGCUCCGUGGAGGAGCAGAUCGACAUCCUCAACAAAAAGCUGUCGAUAGCCAAACAGGAGGAGGAUGCCUUGCUGAGCGAGAUGGACGUGACAGGACAGGCCUUUGAGGACAUGCAAGAACAAAACAUCCGCCUGAUGCAGCAGCUGCGGGAAAAGGAUGAUGCCAACUUUAAGCUGAUGAGCGAGCGCAUCAAGUCUAACCAGAUUCACAAGCUACUGAAAGAGGAGAAGGAGGAGUUGUCAGAUCAACUGCUCACUUUAAAAACACAGGUGGAUGCCCAACUGCAGGUGGUGAGGAAGCUCGAGGAGAAGGAGCGCCUCCUGCAGGGCACCAUCAGCACUGCUGAGAGAGAGUUGACGUUGAGGACACAAGCACUGGACAUGAAUAAACGCAAGGCUCAAGAGUCAACGUUGUUGUCAGAAGAGGCGCGAACUCAGCUAGAGCAGGUUCAGCAGAGGCUCGUCGUGGUCCGAGAGGAGGUGGUGGAGAACAGCAUCUCCAGGGAGAAGGAGUCGUUCAACUCUCGAAGAGCACAGGAGGAUAUCUCUAAACUGAGGAGAAAAAUUGAAAAGGCAAAGAAACCGGCCGAGAAAAUUAGCAACGGAGACGAAAUCCUAAAUGAAGAAAUUAGCGAGUACAAGGCUCGACUAACGUGUCCCUGUUGCAACUCGCGGGUGAAGGACGCUGUCCUGACAAAGUGCUUCCACGUCUUCUGCUUCGAGUGCGUUAAAACGCGCUACGACACACGCCAGCGGAAAUGCCCCAAGUGCAACGCUGCGUUCGGAGCCAACGACUUCCAUCGCAUUUACAUCGGCUAGGCGCCGCAAAUCCGUUCACGGAGCCAGAAAGACGCAGUUGGCGACCGGAGCGAGGUUGCGCUCUGCUUUUGUGGUCCGAACCGAAGACUUGAAUAUUGAGCUUUUUGUCAUUCUGUUUUUUUAACUGGCUAAAUUUGUUAUGCGUGUACAGCACACACAAAAAGACGAGCGACAUUCAUUCCUAUGGCUCCUCUGACGUUAAUGGUGUGUCAUGUUUUGUGCGUAUGUUUUGUUGCUGUUUGUUUUUUAUUCUUUGAAAAUUGCUGAAACUCUCUGUUGUCCCUGGUUAUUAAAGCACAAGGCAACACUUAGUAUAAAUGACAUUCAUAUAAGACUAAAUUGAGAAUUUCUUCGACCCAUGAUCAUGGAGAAAAUGUUUAAACAUACAUAAGCGACAAUUUUAUAGUCUGUUAUACCCACGCACUUACAUGUACAGGUGUAUGUGAUGAUAUUUUAAUUGGGGAUGUCUCGAUCCAGUCAAGUGGUUGGAAAUCGGGCCGAUUGGACCAUUUUUCAGAGGAUCGGAAUCGGGUAAAAAGGAUCGGGUUUUUAAUUUAAAAAAUAUACAGUGGUACCUGUACUUAGUACUACUUACGAAAUUAAUUGGUUCUGGAUGUAGCUUCGUAACUUGAAAAUUCUGUAAGUAGAGACACAUUUUCCAUGUAAAUUCCCAAAUCCGAUCCAAGCCCCCCCCCCCCAAAAUUCAGACAGAAAUCUUUUAUAAUGCACAAAAUGCAUCAAAACGUCACAAAUACAUGUAAUAAAGUUAAUACACUCAUAUAAUGCAGAACACGAGGGGCGAAUGAAGACGCUGGGAUGCACAUACAGUAGAGGUCCGUUUUAGCCAAUUAGAUGCCAGGAAUGCUAGGCAAUAGCCAGUGGCAGAGCAGCUAUAAGUAUGUUACGUUCAGUAAACUGGGAGCUUCGAGCACCAGCCAUACUUUAUUUUUGCCUUAUGUAUCCUGAAAUUUUUUUCGUAACAAGGCAAUAUUUUCCCGUUGAGGUGUGUCUAACUUGAAAAUUCUGUAUGUAGAGACGGUGGUAAAUAAACGUACCACUGUAUGUUUUUCUGCCUCAUGCUCAUACAGUGCCACAUCCUCUCUUCUGCUAAGCAGUGCUGCUUAGCUGACCAUUGCAGCUUGUGUUUGAUAUUUGAAAUGUUGAUGAUUGACAGGUUUGUAGCUUUGAUCAUGCCAGAGAAGCUUUGUAGCUCUGUGAUCAAAGGCACAAAUGUGUCAAUCAUUAAUUAAAGUUGCAGUCAUAAGUGUACUGUGGCAACUCAUUGUGUAAGUGAGAGGCUGUUUACAGCAGCGGCAAAGCGUGAAUGGAUUUGAGUGAAAUCACUCCAUGAAGCAUUUCAUAAAGACAAGCACUUUUCUGUUAAUUCUUGUUUUAAAAAAAAAAAUCACAUUAUGAAGGUGGCACAGUGUGACAGUAAGAUGUUUGGAACUUCAGGUGACACUCACUCGGGUGCAAGAAUAAGCGAUCGAGACAGAUUUAAUUUGACUAAGUACUGGCAUUGAUAAAAUGUGUGUAGGUGGGUAACAGCGAAUUACAUUUACAUGACGAGUUCAAAUUUUAUAGAAAAAUUUAUGCCAUACUUUUUACUUGAGUAGAUAUGUGAAGAAGAAACGCUACUUACUCCACUACCUUGGGCUACGGUAGUUAAUUUUUUCUCUAUUUUACAUGUUAGAUUUGACUAUUUGAUGCCCACAGGGGCUCUACCAGUGACACGUCACAACAAAAAUUACAUGACUCCAUUAUACCAAUCGCAUUAAACAAGAGUCAUAUGACUACACACAAGCUUGCAGUAGAAAGUCCUAUGAUCACGCCGGCUUGUUCAUUCACAUGGGUGUUUUAAAGCUGAAAACCGGAGAUAUAAUCGUUUUAAUUUCAUAGUAGAAAAUGUGUUUUCUCCACUAGAGGGCACAUAAGCUCUUUGAAGUGGUGGCGUUUCAUUGCUGUAGAUUUUUCUAGUCGGAUUUUGAUUAUUUUUGUGUAUAAUUGGGCCGAAUAUGGUCACGUAAUAGGUUCUAGUAUAGUAUAAAAACAAGUUCAUGCGUAUAGAAGGACGUGCUAAGGGCGGGGGCAUUGUUU